GCAUUUGGCGCCAGAUUUUUAACAAGGAAACUCAAGCGCUACAGAACUAGUCGAAAACAACUUGCCCAACUACCUUUGUAUCAUUUUAUCAAUUUUAUGCUUCGUUGUUUUUAAGUUUUACACGUUUGUUAGAGCGGUGUUGUCGGGCAACUUUUAACUAUGUUUGUAACCGAUAUUCGAAAGGAAUUUUAUGACGUUGUUGUCCACCAGAGAGUAGCACUCCUGGUUGCGCCAGACAUUGAUGCUUUAUGCGCCUGCAAAGUUCUUCAGGCUUUAUUCCACUGCGAUCAAGUGCAGUACACUUUGGUGCCUGUGACUGGUUGGCAGGACCUCAGCACUGCUUUCACGGAGCACAAAGAUCAGUAUCGUUAUUUCGUGCUGAUCAACUGUGGUGCCAAUGUGGACCUUUUGGAGACUCUGCAGCCAGAUGACGACACCAUCUUCUUCAUCUGCGACACGCACAGACCUGUUGAUGUUGUCAACAUUUACAAUGACACUCAGAUCAAACUUCUGAUCAAGCAGGAUGAUGACCUGGACAUCCCCAACUAUGAUGACAUCUUCCGUGACGAUGAAGAUGAAGAAGGAGAGGACUCUGGCAACGAGAGCGAUGAUGGGUCAGAGCCCUCUGGGAAACGAAGGCGUUUUGAUGAGGGUGCAGUGGAGAGAAGGAUAGAGAGGCAGAGAGCGAAGAGAGAGUGGGAGGCACGCAGACGAGAGAUCUUGUUUGAUUAUGAGCAGUACGAGUACCAUGGCACUUCAGCAGCUAUGGUCAUCUUUGAACUGGCCUGGGUUAUGACAAAAGAUAACAAAGACAUGUUGUGGUGGGCCAUUAUUGGUUUGACAGAGCAAUGGGUUCAUGACAAAAUCCCAAAUAUGAAGUAUGUGACAGACAUUGCCACAUUACAAAGACACGUGUCGCGGCACAACCACAGGAAUGAGGAUGAGGAGAACUCUCUAUCCAUCGACUGCAUGAGGAUUUCAUUCCAGUACGAUCUGCGUCUGGCUCUGUAUCAGCACUGGUCUCUGUAUGAGAGCAUCUGCAACUCCUGCUACACUUCCUGCGGCUUCAAGCUCUGGUCCAUCAACGGCCAGAAGAAACUACAGGAGUUCCUCGCAGACAUGGGUCUUCCUUUGAAACAGGUCAGACAGAAGUUUAACUCCAUGGACAUGACUAUCAAAGAGAACCUUCGUGAAGUCAUAGAGGAGUCUUCCAACAAAUUUGGUUUAAAGGAUAUCCGUGUGCAGACGUUUAGCGUUCACUUUGGCUUCAAGAACCGUUUCCUAGCAACAGACGUGGUGCACGGGGCUGCAGCCCUGCUGGAGAAUGUGGAGAAGGAAGAGACGGCUACAGACAACUUCAUCCGGGCGCUGGACUGCCUCAGCCGGAGUAAUCUGGAGCAGCUGCAUCAGGGUAUUGACUUUGCCAAGAAGAAGCUGAGGGCCAUUCAGCAGACCAUAGCCAGCAGCAUCUGCACCAACCUCAUACUGUCCCAGGGGCCCUUCCUAUACUGCUACCUCAUGGAGGGUACCCCAGAUGUGAAGCUCUUCUCAAAGCCGAUGGCUUUGACUUUGCUGUGCAAGUACCUGCUAAAAGCCUUUGUGUCGUCGACCCGUAAUAAGCGCUGUAAGGUGCUGCCGCUGAUUAUGGCAGCUCCACUGGACAUGGAGAAAGGCACCGUUAUUCUGUUGGGCAUCCCACCUGAGUCUGACACCUCAGACAAGAAAAAUUUCUUUGGCAGGGCAUUUGAGAAGGCUGCUGAGAGCACAAACUCCAGAACGCUGCACGAUCGCUUCGACACGUCAAUUAUUGAGCUGAAGACAGAGGACCGAGGGAAGUUUCUAGAUGCUCUCAUCACUCUGUUAUCCUGAGCACUGAAAAGGCCUGCUGUGCUGGGAAGACUGUGUGUGUGUGUGUGUGGUGUGUGUGUGUGUGGUGUGUGUGUGUUCCCGUGUGAAUGCAUGUUAAACUGUAGUUGUAAAUGUGUGAAUGCAGUGGAUGUGAACUGAUAUCAGUUCAGAGUUGAGCCAGACAUUUUAGCAGGGCCUCCUACGUUCUUGCAUUCACACUAUCUUGCGCACACAUACACACACACACACACACACACACACACACACACACACGUAGCCACACAUGUCUAUAUACAAGAGUACGUAGGCAGGCAGCCCAAUCCCCACACACUAGAGGUACAUAGUCUGUAUCUGCAGUGGAAUCUAGCACCCUCUGUUCAAAUGCCAGAUUUGACAUGUUCAAACUCAGUUUGGUGCCAAAUACCAUUUCAGUCUUUCAGUCAUACCAUCCUUUGGAAGAAAAAAACACAGCAGUUCACACAUGUCAAGUGUGUGGGUGUGAGCGAGAUGUGGUAACAGGUGGGUGUGUUGGGAUGUGUGUGUGUGUGUGGUGUUAGACAGGAAAGGAUUUAACUUUGCCUGUAUUAUGAUGACAAAGCAGCUGUCCAUGUCUUGUUUAUACUGUAUAGGUUUUUAUGAGCUAAAUUUGUAUGUUUUAUCUGUGUGUGUCGGUCUUUUAUUAUUGAAUAUGCUGUAAAUUAUGUCUUGUUUUAUUUUUGGGUCUGUGUACUGGUGUUUUAACAAAAAUAAAGCUAAAUAUUCACCCUGA